AUGCGCGGCGAAAUCUGUCAUCUCCACAUUGGCCAGGCUGGUGCCCAGCUUGGUAAUGCUGCUUGGGAGCUGUACCUCCUGGAGCACGGGCUUACCCCAGAGGGUCGCUACGACGAGAAGCUUGCCGACGAAGUUGGCGCUAACGGUUCCUACGACACCUUUUUCACCGAGACCUCCAGCGGCAAAUACGUUCCUCGUUCCGUCUUCGUCGAUCUGGACCCAUCUCCCAUAGAUGAGAUCCGGACCGGUACCUACCGCCAGUUGUUCCACCCCGAACAGCUGAUCAGCGGCAAGGAAGAUGCUGCCAACAACUAUGCGCGUGGUCACUACACCGUCGGAAAGGAGCUGGUGGAUGACGUGAUGGACCGUGUUCGUCGUGUUAUUGACAACUGCUCCUGCCUCCAGGGUUUCCUGAUCUUCCACUCUUUCGGCGGUGGUACGGGAUCUGGAUUCGGUGCUCUGCUGCUGGAGCGCCUGGCUGCUGAGUACGGAAAGAAGUCAAAGCUCGAGUUCUCCGUCUACCCAUCUCCCCGUGUUUCUAACGCCGUCGUGGAGCCCUACAACGCCGUUCUGUCGACCCACAGCACCAUUGAGAACUCUGACUGCACUUUCCUGGUCGACAACGAGGCCGUCUACGAUAUCUGCCGCCGCAACCUGGACAUUCCCCGUCCCGGGUAUGAGCACCUGAACCGUCUGAUUGCUCAGGUUGUCAGCUCCAUCACCUCCAGUUUGCGCUUCGACGGUGCUCUUAAUGUCGACUUGAACGAGUUCCAGACCAAUCUUGUCCCCUUAUCCUCGUAUCCACUACCCUCUGAUCUCGACCUUACCUUCCAGUGUGUCGAGCCUCACAACCAAAUGGUGGUGUGUGACCCCCGAAACGGCAAGUACAUGGCUGUGGCGCUCCUGUACCGCGGUGACGUUGUGCCUCGCGACUGCAACGCCGCUGUUGCAGCUCUGAAGGCCAAGUCCUCUUUCAACUUGGUCGAGUGGUGCCCUACUGGUUUCAAGCUGGGCAUCAAUUAUCAAAAGCCCAUGCGGGUUCCUGACACUGAGCUGGCUCCCGUCGACCGCUCUAUCAGCAUGCUUUCCAACACCACUGCCAUCGCUGAGGCCUGGAGCCGCCUGGACCACAAGUUCGAUCUUAUGUACUCCAAGCGUGCCUUCGUCCACUGGUACGUCGGUGAGGGUAUGGAGGAGGGUGAGUUCUCCGAGGCUCGGGAGGAUCUUGCUGCGCUUGAGAAGGACUACGAGGAGGUUGCUGGCGACACCAUCGAGGGCGAAGAGGAAGAGCUCGAGUACUAG